AAAGCAAACGAUCUUCGAUCGUGAAUUAAUUAGAAUAAAGAUGUAGUGAUCAGCUGACCAGUUGCACUCAUUCAUAAUUUGACCUUAUUAGUGAGUAUGGAGGCUGAAAAGAUGUCGGAUACAUCCUUUAGCGUGGCUAAAUUUUUGUCUAGCAAGAAGUCAAUGCUGCAGAGUUUAUUCGAUAAAUUUACAUCUAAAGGAGAGCAGGAAAAUUCUGUUGGACCAAGUUUUGAAGAGGUCAGCUCCAUAGCUCAGAACAUUUUGGGUCGUGUGAAACACCGUCCCAAGAUCGGCAUCGUGUGUGGGUCAGGUUUAGGCGGUCUAGCGGACGAUGUUCAGGAUGCUGAGAUUCUUCCAUACAGCGAAAUACCGACCUUCCCAGUCAGUACAGUUCCAGGACAUAUGGGAAAGCUGGUGUUUGGUAUACUGGAGGGUAAAACCGUGGUGCUAAUGAGGGGAAGGUUACACUGCUAUGAAGGCUAUCCUAUGUGGAAGACCACAAUUCCAAUCCGAGUAAUGAAGGCUCUUGGGGUAAAUACUAUAUUCCUGACAAACGCAGCCGGUGGCAUCAACCCAGACUUUAAUGUUGGCGACAUGAUGAUUAUUCGGGAUCACAUAGAUCUUCCUGGCUUAACUGGCGAGUGUGUUCUUCGCGGAGCCAAUGAUGAGAGAUUUGGACCUCGUUUUCUUGCCACAGUUGAUACUUAUGAUCCUGAGCUUCGAGCUACCUGCAAAAAGGUUUUCCAAGACCUGGGUCUGAGUCAGCUAAUGAGAGAAGGAACCUAUGUCAUGAUCGGGGGACCGACGUUUGAAACGGUGGCCGAGUCAAGGUUAUUGAAAGCCUUUGGGGGUGAUGCAGUCGGUAUGAGCACCGUUGCUGAGGCCAUUGUGGCCCGACACAUGGGGAUGCGGGUGUUUGGCCUCUCUCUGAUCACUGACAUGUGCUGCCUGAGCUAUGACACUGCCAACCACACCACCCACGAAGAAGUUCUUGCCAUUGGUCAGAAAAGAGCUGAGGAUCUGAAGGCUAUCAUCAUGCGUCUUCUGAAGGACACAACUAUAGAAUAAUGAAGGACAUGGUUUUUAGGAGUUAGUGAGCCAUUUGCUGGAUUUUUGGGUUUUGUAAUUUUAUUUUUUAGCUUGUAUUUUACCACCUAAUUCCUGUCUUCCCGAGAGAGAUUUUUCAAAAGACCAGGGAAAACAUAUACAUGUACUUGCUUUUUUUUUUAUUUUAUAUGUAGAAUAUUAGUUUUAAUUACAAUUUUUUGUUAUUUUUUUUGUUAUAUUGCAUGUGCUUAUAGUUUAUUCAUGUUGACCUAGUACUUUUAUUUAUUUAACAUCCAUUUCCAUUAAAAUAUUUAAUCCCAUGUCUUUCAUUUUGCAAUUUUCUUCUCACAUGACCAUAUCAUGAUUUAAGAUAAGAACAAGUAUUGGCAUUUAUACACUCAUUCCUAUGAUAAUUUUUUGCAGUUUUCAUUUCUUUUUUACCAGCACAUUGAUUCCAAGCAAAAAUAAUUGGUAAAGGGGUAUGCACAUGCAAGUUUUUAAGACACAUUACUGCAUAUGGGUUCUGAAUUGUUGAAACCAUUUUGCCCAUAUCUUUUGCCCUUUACUUUAAAAUGCAUAAGUUUCAGUAUAAUUAAGAAUAUUUACCUACCAUCUCCUGCAUAUGCAGAAUUUCAAUAUUUUUAUAGGAGAGGAUUCUGUUUAUUUACCUUUCUCUUUUUUGUAUGAUUUUUGUUAAAAUCUUAAAGCUGUAUGAUCCAAUUCAAAGUCUUAUGAGAUAAACUGUGAAUGAUUGUUCUGUGAUGUCAAAUGUCAAUCUGCAAGUUCAUAGCAAGAAAAAGCAAGAAAAAAUGGUACUAAAGAAUUCCCUUCCAAAAAUUUGGUUUAUUUAACCAAAAACAAAAUGUUCAUUACCAAUAUUUGAGAAUAUAUCUUCUAUUGAUUUAAUUAAGGAAAAGAGUUCGGUUUUCUUUCAUACAAUUGUAAUAUAUUUUCCUCAGGCAGAACAAUACUGGGUUGAACUGAAUACCCUAUUCAUUAAAUAAAUGAGAAACUCUUUAAUUAUUUUCAUCUCAUUUGAUAUUAUUAUGACUUUGCAGAGUUAAAUACUGUUUACUAUGAUGGACCUUUUAUAAUUUUUAAAAAACGUUCAUAGUUAUGUAAAAGGUUUUUAUCAAUAUUAAAGAUAUCAAAUUUAUUUUUUAAGGAGGUCAGGCAAUAAUGCAUUUUAUCAGACCAUACACCUUUAUUUAUUAGUCAUUACAAAAACAAUUGCUUAGUGGUCAUCUAUCAAUCAUAUUUAAUCCAGACCAAAUUUCUUCUUUUCUUUCCUUAUAUAGUGCCAUAUCUUAAUUCAGACAAGGUACUUGACAACAAGCUUAGUUAGUCAAUCAUCAUUUGCUAAAAUUUCUGUCAAUAUAAUUAUUUUUUAGUAAUGGUGUUUUUAUUUGCAUUAUUUUGCCCAGAAAUUAAUAUAAAAUCACUUUAAUCAAAGUCCUGUUGCUAUUGUAUGGCAGUGCCGAAAUUACAGAUCAUUUUACACUGUGAUAUUAAUCUAACAAUUAUUAAUUAUUGCAUUGUUAUUGAUAGAAAGGUUGAUGAAAUUUUGAUAUAAAAUUAUCAAUUUCAUGUUUUCCACCAGUUAAUGAUAAUAAGUUAUUUGAAUCUGUUUCUUUUUAUAUAUAGAAUCAAUGUUUUUUUUAUUGUUACUUAUGGUAUUAUAAAGUCCAGGUGGUUUUGGACAUCUUCAGAUAUUUAUGCGACUACCAUACAUAGUCAUUAAUUUGUUUUUGUGUAUGCAUGUAUCAAAAACUUUUUGUGUUAGCAGAGUGAUGCAUUGUAAGUAAAAAAAAAAAUAGAACAGUAAAUUCCUUUCUCCUGUUAGCAGGGUUGAAUAUUGUAUCAAUUUGAAAAUGAUGGAUUUUGUGCUUGCUUGCAAAUUUUCUAUUAAAAAAAAUGUACUGUAUGUGCACUUGUAAUGCUGGUAUGCAUAAUGUAGAUUUUUUUCAAUUCUUGUUAUAAUGGGAUGAAUUCAUUAGGUCCCAAAUUUGUGUAGAUCUACAAAUUUUCAAUGAUCCUACUAAACAUGUUCCUGAUAUAUGCUUACAAACUUCCAAAGGAAUAUUGAAUGAUGUCAAAUUCAUCUGCAUCAUGAAAAAUGCAAAUUUUUUUGUUUCCCUCUUUUUUUUUUUUUAAAAAUUAUGUAGUCAUACUUUUUGUAUUCAGUGCAAUAUUUGAAGAUAAGGGGACAGCCAGUACUCUAUGUAUGAGAUUUAUUUGGUUAAUUACAUAACAGAGAAUGCAUCUCAUUUUUGACUUGUGUAGCAAUGGAAUGCUUACAAAACUUUCUCUCUCUCAGGAAACUUCAAUAUCUUGUCAUAUCAAGUGUUUCUAUAUCUAUAGAUUCUCUGAAUCUCAAGCGUUCUAUAUUAAGAGAGCACCGUGGCAUUUUCUUAUUAUUUGUUUCACUUCCUCAGUUAAUAUCUCAGGUUUAAUCUCUGAACAAGCAAAAUAUUAUUGGCAUAUACUGGUACAAUAUUUAAGGUUUUGUAUGUUUCUUCCUAAAUUUUAUCCAUUUAAUCUAUAUAAACUUGCAGAUAUUUAAUUAAUAUUUACACAGACGUUACGAGUUAUGUACAACAUUUCAUAUCCAACAGUACAGCUUCACAAUGUUAAGGCUUAUUGUAAUGUUCCUCACACUUGCACAUUAAUAUGAAAGCCUUAGCAUUAUGGAGAUGCAAAGAGUGUAAUGACCGUUAACUUUGGAUUGUUCAGAAUUCUAUUGUUAUCCAUCAAUAAAAAAGACACAAUGGUACAUAAA